UCUUCCUAUUCCCCACACCGGGAAAGCCGCUCCCGCCCACGUGCCCCCAGCCGACACCGGCGUGGGAGUCUCCAACACUCCACGGGCAAAGCCCGCUGCUUCCUAUUUCUACAUGCUCCCCAGAACGCUCCCCGAAGCCAGCGACUCCAGCAAGGCGGCUCCUGAGGCCGCCCUGCUCCGCAGCCUGUGCACAAGCGGGAAGGGAGCAUCCCCGACAGCAGGGCUGCCCGACAGGCGUCCCGGGAAGGCGCAAAGCGUUCGUGCAGCUGGACAGUCUUGAUUUCACGGGAAGACCGUGUCGCUCUGCCUGGGGACAGCGGUGACCCAAGCCAGCCGCGGCCAUCCCGUUAACCCUUACCCCGCCGACGGGCGCGCUGCGCCCUUCUAGUAGACUGGGUUUGGGUCUGCCCGAGAGGCCGCGGUGGCGGGGCGUUAUCGGUGAAUAGUCCCCAAAAUGUGGCAGUGUCGGUAAGGGCGCUGCAGAGACGAUCGCCCGGAGGAGCAGGGCUAGAGCCGGGCCCGACAGCCCCUGCCCGGGGCACACUUCUUCCAGGGGCUCCCGUGGCCGGGGUGCAUCUGCCCCGGUAAACCGGGAGAGCUAGACCGAGAGAGCCCUUUGGCGACGAGCUGUGCGCCCAAGGAAGACAAGAGACGGCUGGGGGAGAGGGAGGAUGCAUCCUGCAGUUACUUAAAAUGCAAGCGUGCUCCAAUCUCGGGUUUAUAAGCACGACUCCUAUUCUUUAAGGCAUCUAUGUACAUUAAAACACGAGCACCGAGCCCCGCGGCGGCAUCGCCGCCUCUGCAAGCCCUUCCCACCACCUCCCCUGCGCGCACACACACUCACACGCUCUCACGCUGGUUUCUCCGGCAUUCCCCCCCGCCGGCGCCGGCCCCAUGGCUCCCCCCGCGCCCUCCCCACGCCGCCGGCGCCGUGCCGCUGCUGCGGCCGCUACUCCCGUUGCAAACGGCCCCUGAAGCUCAGCACUGCCCUGUGCUCGCCUCCCCGGGGACGGCCCUGCCGCAGAUCGCCCCGUCGCGCCUGGCCCGGAGGGGAGGGAGAGCGGGCUGCCGCCCUUGCUGCCCCCGGCUCCGGCCACGGCCAGCGAAGCCCAUCCGCACUCUCGGCCAGCGUCGUGAGGCGAACCCGCGAGGGCCGGGCGCAUGCGCGGGGCUGGCGAGCAGCCGUCCCCGGGCGACCAGCCCGCCGCUACCGGAGUGGAAGCGGGCGAGGAAUGCCGGCGGGGCCCCGCCGCCGACACCCCCAUGGGAUCAGAGCGGAUGGAGAUGCGCAAACGGCAGAUGUCUGCGACCCAGGAGACCCCAGGUGCUGCACAGGCUCCGCUCAGCGCAGGAAAUCGAGGGUCCAAUGCCUGCUGCUUUUGUUGGUGCUGCUGCUGCAGCUGCUCCUGUCUUACUGUUAGAAAUCAAGAUGAAGAGAGAGCAAGGAGAACAUCUCAUGAACUGCAAGCAGAGGGUAUUCCAAACUGCGAGGAAAGCCCUGCUCCUACUCUUGAAGAAGUAAAUGCCUGGGCUCAAUCAUUUGACAAGUUGAUGCUUACUCCAGCUGGCAGAAAUGCUUUUCGUGAAUUUCUACGAACAGAAUUCAGUGAGGAAAACAUGCUUUUCUGGAUGGCCUGUGAGGAACUGAAACAAGAAUCUAACAAAAGUGUCAUUGAAGAAAAAGCAAGACUAAUUUAUGAAGAUUAUAUUUCUAUCCUUUCUCCAAAAGAGGUCAGUCUGGACUCCAGAGUAAGAGAAGUUAUUAACCGAAAUAUGCUGGAACCCUCACAACAUACCUUUGAUGACGCACAGCUUCAAAUUUAUACCUUAAUGCACAGAGACUCCUACCCACGGUUUAUGAACUCUGCUAUUUAUAAGGACUUGCUUCAGUCCUUAUCUGAAAAAUCCAUUGAAGCAUAGAAUUUUUUCUUAAAUGUAUUUAUUUUAAAACAAACAGAACUCUGGGCUACAUCAAUCCACAGGGAAUUUAGAAUUAAUCAGAUAUUUACCUGAAAAUAACUCAGGCAAGUUUUACUACAGACUGAAUGAUUUAAACCCGCACAAGGCUCUGACACAAUCAGCUAACUACAAUUUCUGAUCAAAUUCAGUGUGUCUUUGCAAAAGAGAAUGAGGAUAAUGAUGAGAAAAUGUUGUUCAAAAACUGCAGUAUUUCUUUUUCUUCAAACACAGCAUGCAAUUCAGAAGCAAAACUGUUAGCAGCGUAUGUCUGAGGCACAAAUACCAACUGAGCACGAAGACUAGAUUUUAUUUAUAAGUGGAUUGUUAGAAUUUUCUGGAAAACCAAACCAGUUGCCCCACCCACACUGUGCCCAAAAUGAAAACUGUACUGUCAAUAUCUGGGUUACAUGAGACAAAAGUUCCACAUAUACCUGGCUUACGUACGGUCCACUUCUCUUGGUAUAUUUAAUGCACAUAUAGUGCACUAAUGGAAAUCGGUAUGGCAAUCUCAAGUUUAUGGAAGCUAAUGGUUGAAAUCAUGCUGCCUAUAAAAAUCUUUUGCUGAAGAAUUGUUAUUUUACUAUUAGAGUUUUCUGAAUGCAUUUUUAAGUUCAUACUGUUGAAGUUUAUAAAGUUAAAUUAUUUACUUCAGAGGAAGAAGAGUCUGGGCAUUUAAAUUCCAAAACAAAGCACAAGAAUUCUCACAUAAUCUUCUCUUCCCUUGGUAGGUAGAUGUAAAAACCCUUCACUAUUUGCUCCUGAGUGGAUGGCAGUAUCAGCCAUCUUCAUUUUGUACAUAUUAAAUUGUCCCAUUAUCUCACAGAUCUUGUAAGGUUUCUAUUCCAGAUACACACAUAUUUAAUUGAGAAAAAGAAGGAAGCUAGAACUAUUCUGUUCUGAUACAGCACUAUUUCAGACUGUCCAAAAGAAAAGCAACAGCUCUAUCCACUAAUAAACCAUGUUCAUUUACAGUAUCCCCAAAGCAUUACACUUUAUUUCUGACUGCAUCUCAAAAAUCAGUAAUCACAGAAAAUACUAGGAAGAAAGUAAAUUGAAUCUGCACAAUCUAUGUGUGGAUUAUGUACGUUAUUCUAUGUAUAACUACGUAUGUUACUCUAACAACUUCUUUAUUUUCAAUUUCAAGAUUCACUACAAUUCCACUAAAUUAAAGUUUGGAGUUCACAGUGGACUUCCACUGAAUCGUGUUUUUUCCUGUACAUUUAUUUAAAUGAACCAAAUGACACAUAUAGGUAGGAAAAGAACAUAUGGGAA